AGUCAGACCAUCGGACCUGGUACGCCAUCCUGGCCUUGUUGGCCGCCUGCCUCUUCCUUCUCACCGCCGCCAUAGGACUGGGGGUCCGAUGUGAGUAGCAGGUGCCCCCUGCACAAGCCCAUUGACCUGAUAAAUGGGGGAGGGGGGAAAUGUCUGUGAACCACCCUGAGAUCUUUUGAUAAAGGGCAGCAUAUAAAUUUAAUAAAUAAAAUAUAAUAAGUGUUGCAGGCAUUUGAUGCAGAGCUUACCCUGGAGCUUGGGCUGAGAGAGGGUCUGCCUGGUGCCCUCCAGGUAGUGUUAAACUCCAGUUCCCACCAGUCCCAACCUGCAUGCUCAGUGGUCAGGUUCAAGGGGAGCUGGAGCUUCACAUCAGGAGAGUACCUCACUGUCUCCUCGGAUGUGUUGUUGUUGUUGUUGUUGUUGUUGUUGUUGUUGAGUCGUUUAGUUGUGUCCGCCUCUUUGUGACCCCCUGGACCAGAGCACGCCAGGCACUCCUGUCUUCCACUGCCCUCCUCAUGUUGGUAGCCUCGAGACCACGGCCCCACCAUCUCAUCCCCUUCUCCUUGUGCCUUCCAUCUUUCCCAAUAUCAGGGUCUUUUCCAGGGAGUCUUCUCUUCUCAUGAGGUGGCCAAAGUCUUGGAGCCUCAGCUUCAGGAUCUGUCCUUCCCGUGAGCACUCAGGGCUGAUUUCCUUCAGAAUGGAGAGGUUUGAUCUUCUUGCAGUCCAUGGGACUCUCAAGAGUCUCCUCCAACACCAUAACUCAAAACUCCCCUGAUGUAUACCCCCCCUUUGUAUCUCUCUGAGCAGCCUGCCUUUGGGCUCCCGCAGUGGAGCCUGGCUCCCCUCUGCCAUGCUGCCUGCCUGGCACCUGAAGCUCCCUCCUCCUCCUCCUCCUCCUCCUCCUCCUCCUCCUCCUCCUCCUCUCAUGUUGCCCCUGCUUGUGCUCUGCAGACUGGCAGGUCUCACAGCAGCUGCAGCAGGCGACUGAAGAUGGCAGUGCCCUGGAACGGAGAAUGGGCUCCCAGGAGGGCAGCCUGGCCCAGACCCAGGCCCAGCUGGAAGAGGCCCAGGAGGAGCUCCACUCCACCAACGGGACCCUCUGGAGCUGCCUGGCUGCUGAGAAGAGGACGCAGGAGCAGCUGAGGCAAGCCAACCAGAGCCUGAUGCUCACGCAGCAGGAGAAGGAGAAGCUGCAGCAGGAGAAGGAGGAGCUACAACGGGAUAAGGAAGAGCUGGAACAGGAGAAAGAGCAGCAGCAAGAGGACAAAGCAAUGCUGCAGGAGGAGAAGGAGACCAUUCAGCAGCAGUUGGAGGAGAUGGAGGGGAAACUGGAGCUACUUAUAACUUGCCAACAGAAGGGUAUGUCCGUUGCAUUCAGAUCAGGAGGCUGGCUGGGCAGGCUCCCUGCGCACCGUAUUCUAUCACCUGCCUCUCAGGUGGUGGAAGAGGAUUGGGAUCAUACAGGGCAGGGUGGCCCAACCUCUCAGAGCGCGUGGGCUGCAAGAGUACACACUGAAUUAGAUUUCCAUACUGUAUAUUAAAGUAUUCACAAUAUAAUCAAUAUUUUUUAAUGUACACAAUUACAGUUGUACUUUGGAUCUCUAACGCCUUGACUCCCGAACAAAUCGGCUCCCAAACGAUCGAAACUCAGAAGUGAGUGUUCUGGUUUUUGAACGUUUUUCAGAAACCAAACGUCCAACAUGGCUUACACAGUUUCCAAUUGGCUGCAGAAGCUUCCUGCAGCCAAUUAGAAGCCAAGCUUUGCUUUCCGAACGUUUUGGAAGUCGAACGGAACAGAUUCUGUUUGACUUCCAAGGUACGACUGUAAUAUGUUUAAUUAAAUAUAUAUAAUUAAAUACACAUUUAAUACACACUCAAUAGAUUUAGUGUAUUUAUUUAUUUAUGAAACAAAUAAAUAGAAAUACAAAUAAAAUACACAAGUAUUUCCUGGUUGCUGGGCAGGGCAGGAUUCAGACAGCUGAUGAAAGGAGGAACAGCAGCUGGGAAGGGUCUGGGCCAGCCGGCUUAGGAGCCCGGUCAGCAAGGAGCCCUUGCCUCUGGCACAGCACACUGGCCUUUGCCCCCAAGUGCCACACCAGCCAAAGCACUUCCUGCAGACCCCACCCCCACCUUCACAUGGAGAGAGGCAGGUCCUAUGGAGGCCAGGACCCCCUGCUCCAGUCUCUCCACUGGAUUCCUGUGCAGGCGGCACUAUGUCUAUGAUGGCACAGCCUGCUGCCCACCUACAGAGGAGCACCUGCAGACUCCCUGGCAGGGGCCCUUACACUCCUUGCCCACCUGCCAAAGCCCUGGCUCUGUCUGGGAAUACAUGUGAAAAGUGUCCCCUUCCCCAUCCAGCCUGAGACUCACUUCUCUUUGGUGUGGGCACCAUUAUCCACGUCACCCACGACACCCCCUCUUCCUCUCAUAGAUUCUCAGCCCAUUGACUGGGGACAGACAGGGCCCCACCAGAGUGGGUCCCAUCCUAAGGCAGCCUGAGACCACGUGGCUUUCAGCUGAACACCUUCCCUUGACUUUCCCUUGCCUUCUCCAGCUUGCUGUCCCCAAGAAUGGAAGUUAUUCGGGUGGAAAUGCCUGUGGAUUUCACCUUCAUGGGGAAUGAAGAGUUGGCAGGAAAGCCAGAAAGACUGCAAGUGGAAAUCAUCUCAGCUGCUUGUUUUGAAGCCCUGGAGUGCAAAAGAACUAUGGGAUGCCACAGACAUUGAUAAGGUAAUACCUUUGGGGUGCAAAUGCCUCAGACUUUAAGGAAGGGGCUUCUGGGGCUGGGGAGUCAAGUCCAGAGUCUAACCGUUACAGAUCAUGAAGAAAUAUCCACCAGGACAGAUAACCCCUUGAUUUCUCAGUGCAGAUGCAACCCCCCCCCCAUGAACUAGAAGGGGUACCAUGGCACAUUCUGUGUGGGGUUCGCAGCCAUGUGAGCCAAGACUACCAACUUUUAUUUUACUGUAGCUUAGAAGUAUUUAUCAGCAUACUAUAUUUGCUGUAAAUGCUGCCUGCACUGAAAUGUGAGUAAACGGUUUUUUAAAAAAAUAAUACUAAAAACAUGUAAUUCAGUCUCUGAAACAGAUGUGAACAAGGGGAAGGUCAGCAGACCACAAAUAAAAGGGGAUAGAAAUGUAUAACUGCCUUAUUCCUAAACUUCAGUAAGCUGCAAAAACAUUUAAGUGUUUUAUUCUGCUAAAAAGGCUUCACAUCCCAUUUCCGUUUUUUAUUUUGCCCACACAUGUGGGAUAGAAGGUUUUAAAUUUCACUUUACAGAAUUAAUCCUCAAUUCAUAUCUUCUGCAUUCUGGACCUGGGUCUUCUUCCAGACCACUCUGCACCAGAGCAAGGUGUGUGCUGGGGUGACCAUAGGCCGGAAGCCAACCAGGGCACCGGAUUUUGGAGUAUCUAGUUGCCCCAUAGCCAGCUAGAGAAAAAGCAAAUUUUCCUCCUACUCUCUAGUUUCCUGUAGACUCUAAUUAACUGUAUUGCUUUUAUAUAAGAACCUCUUAAAAAGUGAGAAGGGAAAGUCUCAUUGGGGAGGAGGUCUUUCUCCAUGAACAUUUUAUUCUUUUUCUUAGAAAACUCAAUACUGGAUUGGACUUGAAAAAGACCGGCAAUCAGAAUCCUGGAAAUGGGUUGAUGGUACGGGCUAUGAAGGGUGAGUGGAAGAGAGAGGGUCCCUUUGCUACCCAUUAAAUCAGAUUUGCUUGGGCUGAACAGAGCAGAGUUCCUCCUACAGCCACCCCUGGAAUCUGCAGCCUUUCUCCUUCUUAUAGGGCUUAGCCUCACAAAACCCUUCCCUUUAUCAAUGAAAACAAUUCUGUGGAAAACCUGAAUUGACAUUUGCUCUGAUUCACUGGUAAAGAUCCAGUUUUCCUGGGGAAAGCAGCAGGGCAAAAAAAGACUUUGCCUGUCCCUGUUUUGGACGGAUCUGGAUUCUCCUCCCAGAAGAUAUUUUGCAGCCCCCAAACAGGCUCCUCCUAAACUGGCCACCACUGACAAUUCAGAUUCUGCAAAACGUGGCUGGUGCAAAUGAGGGCAGCCCCACAGAGACUCAUUUUGGGGUGGCUGGGAGAACUUAUCAUUACUUACUUACUUACUUACUUACUUACUUACUUACUAUACCGCCCCAUACCCUGUUAUGGAAAAAAUCUGGGUGCAAGUUUACUCCACUGCCCAGCUCAUUGGGGUGCCACUCCCCGUGGGUUUCUCCUGGUCAGCAAAAGAAGGAAUCUCCAGACAAGUUAAAGAAGCAACAGAGGUCAGUGGAGCUGAUCUUUAUUGUUGCAACAAGGUUCAAACACACAGAGCAGGAACCCCGAGCAUGGGGUUGCAUGGACUUUUAAGACCUCCCCCCACCCUCCAAUAGUACAUUUCCAGAUACAUCACCAGUGUGUGUCACCAAGAAGGAGGGGUAACAGGAGUCCCCAACAACUUCUAAGUACCCACCACCAAGAGAACAAUAGAACUACCAUAUUUACACCUAUCCUUGCCCUCUGGGCUUUCCUGAAGAUGGGCUAUGUCAGGGGUCAGCAAACUUUUUCAGCAGGGGGCCAGUCCACUGUCCCUCAGACCUUGUGGGGGGGAUGGACUAUAUUUUGGGGCAAAAAAAUGAAUGAAUUCCUAUGCCCCACAAAUAAACCAGAGAUGCAUUUUAAAUAAAAGGACACAUUCUACUCAUGUAAAAACACACUGAUUCCCAGAUCAUCUACAGGCAAGAUUUAGAAGGCGACUGGGCCGGAUCUGGCCCCCAGGCCUUAGUUUACUUACCCAUGGGCUAUGUGAACACCUAGCUUCAGCAGACCCCAUCAACGGAUAUCUGUCUGGUCCAUUGUUAUCGUUUUCCCACUUCCUGGGGAGAGGCAAGGAGUACCUGACCUUAUGCUUAAGGGAUUAUGGCGGCAGGGGAGCCCUGGAUUCCCCUCUUCCAGAGGACCCAUUAGCCAUUGGAACCAAGGAAAUGGGUUAAACUGUUAAAUUUUGGCCUAUUAUUUGAUUCUAUAUUGGAUAGUCAGAAGAAACAAUACAAUACAUGGUAUCCACUUAUUGCUACAAUUUUAUAGACUACUUUUCUGAGCUUCUUUGCUGUUGUGUAUGUCUGGUGCCUGUGACAACGGUCAUUGUCCUGGCCUUAGUUAGAGGCUGUGGUGGGGACUUGGGAUUUGGGGGGAGUAGUUUAACUGCCCCCUGAAGGUCUCAGGGCGGUUCAUGUAAAAUAUCACAUAUAUAAAAUCAAAAUCAAAACAAUAACUCAAUAGCCCCCCCCCCAAAAAAAGAGCCAGCAUUUUUAAAAAGGGUAUAGGAUGUAGAUCAGGCAAAGGCCUGCUUAAAAAGGAACAUUUUCUCCUGGCGCCUAAAGGUGCACAAUGAAGGUGCCAGGCGAACUUCCCUGGGAAGAGCAUUCCACAGACAGGGAGCCACUGCAGAGAAGGCCCGUUCCCAUGUUGCCACCUUCCAGACCUCUCAAGGAGGAGGCACAUGAAGAAGGGCCUUAGAUAAUGAUGAAUGGCGAGGAGGGAUUUGGGCUUUUUGCCUUGACUGUCAUCUUUGUUUUUCUAGAACUGAAAAUAUUGUGACUUCUUGUGGUUACCACAGCACCUGCGCUCAAAUGAGCAACGGAGCCCUACAAAGGUGUUACUGUGCAACGAAAACCAGAUACAUCUGCGAGAUGAACGCUCAAUAUCCACAGCCAGUGUGA